UUAAUUUUUCUUAAAGACUGCAUUUCUUGUGUAUGAUUUUGUAUAACUAAUAACCUUGGUGUUUAUGUUCCUCUGUUUGGAUGUUUAGUUUGUAAAAAUUUAUGUUAUUGAUUUUAAACGAAUGGACCAAAUACCGUUAAUAUAACCGGCACCGAAUCGAACAACGACAGCAACAAAAACAACAGAAGGCUUUCGUGAGUUUUAAAAUCGAGGAAGUUGCAGUGUCGUUUCAAAUUGAAGUGAUUAAUUCAAACAAUCGGAAAACAUGGGUUUAAUCAAAAAAAUGCAAGACAAAGUUCCAUGUUUACUUUCACGUCGAUUUUCCUUCAUCACCAUGACGUUGUUACUAGCGGCGUUUUUCUUUGUCGAAGUAGUCGUCGGGUAUGUCACAAACUCCAUGGCAUUAAUUGCCGACUCGUUUCAUAUGUUAUCCGACGUCGCGUCAUUAAUUGUCGGAUAUUUAGCAUUGAAAUAUUCUAACAGAGAUGGUGAUCGGGAUACGUAUACUUAUGGGUAUGCCCGGGCGGAAGUUUUAGGCGCCCUUGUGAACGCUGUUUUUUUAGUUGCACUCUGCUUUUCUAUUCUUAUCGAAGCCUUGAAAAGGUUAGUUAUACUUGAGGAAAUUGAAAACCCAAUGUUAGUAUUUUGUGUUGGUGCGGUUGGCCUUGUAGUCAAUUUGUUCGGUAUGUUUUUAUUUCAUCAAACUGGUCAUGGUCACACGCACGGAGGAAUGUCUCAUGGUCAUUCCCACGGCUCUGAUGACAAAGAUCAUGGUCAUUUGCACGAAGGAAACUCGCAUAGCCACUCUCCCGGUAAUGGAGGCAAUUUGCAUAGCCACUUGCAUGGUAAUGGAGCACACUCGCACAACCAUUCUCACUCGCCGCAUGGUUUUUCUCACUCAGUGGACCCGCAAAAAGCCAAGGAAAGUUCGUCUUUAGAAAGCAUAGAAGAAGAGGAAACAACAAAAGACAAGGGUGAUCCGAAUAUUGCAAAACAAACAAGCCAAGGAUCACCUCAUAAGGAAAACACCAGUCCGAGAGAGUCUAAUCAAAAUGCAACACCGCGUAAUAAAAUAGAAAAAGAACAAGAAAAUUUCGACCAUAGAUCUAACGAUUCGUCAGUAAAUUUAGAAGAAUUAGAACGCAAGCGUAUUCCGCAAGCAAAAUCUGCGGGACAUUUAAAUAUCCACGGUGUAUAUCUUCAUAUACUUGGAGACGCUUUGGGUAGCAUUAUUGUGAUGAUAAGUGCUUUAAUUAUAAUGUUUGCGCAUGGGCAAUGGACACUCUAUGUUGAUCCUAGCAUGUCAAUUAUCAUGGUGGCUAUAAUUUUGAAAACAUCCAUACCACUACUGAUGGAGACGUCGAAAAUUUUGAUGAAUUCUGUACCCCAUCACAUUCAAAUAAACCAAAUGAGAGAAAAACUUUUAAAAGAAUUACCACAGAUUAAAAAUGUUCACGAAUUACAUGUGUGGCAAUUAGCUGGUGAUAAGAUAAUAGCCUCGGCUCACGUGAAAUUUGAAUCAGAAGAAGAUUACGAAGACGUAGCGUUAAAAAUAAAAGAAUUUUUUCAUAAUGAAGGCAUACAUUCGACGACGAUACAAAUCGAAUUCGAAAAAAAUGACAACGUCGAACGGCGCGGGCCUUGUAUGAUUGUCUGUUCACUGGAUAGCGCUUGUGAUGAUAUGAUGUGUUGCAAACCGGAACAUAUGAAGGAGUAGGGCUCCAUUGUAGAGCCUUUUAGUAAUAUGAAAUUUGCGGGGUACUAUUCGUCACUAGAAAAUAUGAAGGAAUGAAGUCCUCCGUUGCAGAGUGUUUUCGUACAAUGAAGUUGAAAGAUCGAAAUCAAAAUUUAAAAGGAGUGAAGUUCUCCUCCACAAAGUUAAACAUUAAAUAUCCUAUUGGAAUUUUACUUCAAAGCACGUGUGAUAAUUUCAAAUACGAACGUUCUACGGAAUAAAGAAAUUGUGCUGUACAUGUUCGUUUAAAUAACCUCGUUACCAUGCCUUUUUUGCACCAUAACGGGACUAACGGACUUAAGAACACGUUCGUUAUGCAGAUGUACAAUAGACAUUUAUAUGUAGGUGUUACGGCGAAUUGGUUGAAACUUAGUGCAGAUGUUUAACAUUGUCCGGAUUAAUUUUGAUCAGCCAGAGAUAUGAAAAGGCGUUUGUUGCAAGAACAUUAGAAGCAAGAAUUCGAACCAGGAUUUUUUAGCGUGAAAUGUACUUACAAUAAUGGAAGAAUAUAUAGUAGUACAUCUAUAUGUUUAUAGUAUAUGUUUUGUGGGGUAUACAGAAAAGUAAAAUUUGUGGAAAUAUAAUCAAACAAGAGACUAUACAUUUAGUGCGGCAAGUUUGAUUAUCUAUAUAUAUAAUAAACGAAAUAAAAUCCUACUUAACCAUGGAUGUACUAACAUAAUAAAAAUAGACGACGUAUUUAU